AUGAUGAAUUAACUUUAAAUAAAAAGAAAUUAGUCUCAAAAAAGCAAAACUCAACCUAUUUUAAAAUGUAAAAAUUCUCGUGAAAAAAAAAAUAGAAAGGAUAGAAGUGGUAAUGAUAUAAUUAGUGGCGGGAAUUAUAAAAUAAGUUUUAAAGAUAGUUUCAUUAUAUAGAAAACAAAUUCUUAAGCCCCUUAGAAUGUAAUUGAAGAUUAUUCAGAUUCUUAAUUGUCUGAUUAUUCAGAAUCACAAUAAUCAUAAAUUAAAAGACAAAAGUAAAUCUAUUUAGCUAAUUAAACUCCUAAAACCAUUAAGAAAAUGAAAUAAACAAAUUGUGACUUAAAAAUAGAAAUUGAGAUGAAUUAGGAAUUUCCAAAAACAAUUUCCGUUUAAAAAUCAAAAAACUUUACCAAAACAACUUAGAAAUCUCUUUGCUGUAUAAUCUUUUGA